AUGCUUUUGUACGAGCGGGCGUUGAGAGAUGCCAUAGCGGUGGUGCAGAACCAUGUUGGUAGGAUCUUGUGCGGCGAGUAUGAUGAUCCGGAGGAUGAAAUUAAUAUUGAGGCGCUCAUGGGUGAGCAGCAGGAUCAAGAGGAGCAGCUGCAGGAUGUAUUGGGCCAUCAGGAGGGUUUCUUCAUUUUGCAGCGGGAUCAGGGUGGGUUGGGUCGUGAAAUGGCGAAGGUCGAUGCUAGGGCUGGAGUCUGCCUUGCCAUGGUACGGGAACGCGCGAGGGUUGCUUUGAGAGAGGAUUCGAAGUGGGAUGAGGAAGAUCUAUACGGGAGCAUACGGCUCUUGGUUGAGUUUGGGAAGGUGUUGCAAACAGCUAUCGAUACAGCUGGUCCGCAUGCCGCUCGCAGCGGGCCAGCAGGUGGAAGACUCCUGCCAGAUGGCUACAACGAGUUCAUCGCUAGAGAAGAUGCCGAAGCGCAAUACUUGCUGCUGGCUGAGCGUGACGCCCACCAAGCCGAGCUCGAUGACCUGAUGGCCAAGACACGAAAGCACCAGGAGGCGUUUUGGCUGGUGCAGCGAUACCAUCUCGGGCUGAGCGACGGCUGGGUUGGUAGUUGGGAGCUUGGAUCUGGCGCUUAUGGGUCCGCACAUAAGUGGGUCAAGGUGAAUCCUUACAAUGUCAUCGUAAACCGUAUCGUGAUCAAAGACGCUAAGAACAACAGUAACGGCUCGAAAUGGUGGAAUCGACCGGAGACCUACUGGAGCCGGGAUCCCAAAGAUGCUACUGGCAAGCAAUUCUUGCCGAAUGGAGUCCUGGCCAUGUAUCGACUCCGCAGCCGCACUGGCAGCGACAGCAUAGCCCGUAUCCGCAGUCAUCGGCUUUUCCCACGCGAGGAGCGUAUGCUGAUGUAUCUAGAAUACGCGCCCUUCGGCGACUUGAGCCAAUUCGUGCAGUGGUACCAGAAGCAGCUCAAAGUACUGUGGCCGACGCCCGACAUCUUACGCGAAUGGCAGAAGGAGCGACCGGAUCGUGAGAAAGGAAAUGAACGACCAUGGCUACCUGAAGCCUUCCUCUGGUCUGUUUUCGAAUCAUUUGCGCAUGCUUCUUUGUUGAUGGCGACGGGCGACAUUCAUCCUAACCCUGUGUCAGAUUGGACGCCGAUCCAUCACCUUCACAUGAAGCUGGCCAAUGUCUUUCUGGGUGUGCCUUUGGAUAGUAGGUAUCGCAGAUACCCGUCAGCUAAACUAGGCGACUUUGGACUGUGCUGGCUUCCGAAGACCCAGACCGAGGGUCUACCGCUGGAACAGAAGUGGCGCGGGAGUGCAUGGAAUGGAACUCCAGAGGGAUUCCAAGUAUAG